AUGUCCAGGGUGUCGACAGCGUCUGGAACUCACUUUGCCCCUCCUCAAGCGGAUGGGCCGAUGGUUGAUGGUGCAGAUGGUGCACAUUCGGCGCCAGAUGAGUUGGGCGAGCAAGAAGUAUUGCGUCAAUUGCCUGAGAACGGUAACUUAGCUUCUAGCUUACAAAGAGAAAAGAGGAGAACUCCUAAUGACAAGGAGAGCGAGAGGAAGCAUGCGUUGCCCAAAUCAUUUGUCGAUAAAAACCUGAGCGACGUGUCACCGAACCACUCACUGGACCAUCUUAUGUUGUCUAAUGACCAUAGUCCUCGUCGAGGGUCUGCUGAGGAAAAUAGUCAUUGUCCCGAUAACUAUCCGCACAGUAGUAACAAAAACAUUCACUCUAAGCGGAAUUCUAAAAGAGAGGAAACGAAGAGCCCUCAAAGACACUUCUCUUCAGCAGCUUAUACGCAACAACAGUUUAACGGCUGGAAAAAAGAGUUUGGUCAUGCUUUCAAAAAAAUCUCAGCAAUUGGAAGACUGAAAUCCACUGUGAAUCCUACUGCGCCCACCGCCGGCGGUCAUCGCCAUAAUCAGCACCAGCAUCAGCCAGUGAAUGAAGAAGACUUGUACACACAAAGACUAGCCUCUGACCUAUUGGAUUCACUAUUAUCAGGGUGCCCGGCGUCAUUAUUCGCAAGCACACAAUUCCUAAGAGAUGAACAUGGUAAGAGAAGGGCGCCUCUUCUAUUGGCUAAACUAGAUGUUAGAGUAUCUCCUUUGAAAAGCGAUAAUAACAUUUUGGAUCUUACCAAUAGUAAUCACAACCGCCACGGCAACAAUGACAACAAUGACAACAACGACAACAACGACAACGACAACAACAACACUAGCAACAAUCCUGAUAGAAGACCUUCAGUUCCAAGGAGAUCCAGCAUUAUAAGUAUUUCCUCUAAUGUAGCCGAAUUCAUGUAUGGUCGGAACGAGAACUCUCUAUUUAGAAUACAUUUAGAGUACGGAAUUGACGAAAACAGGCUCAAAUGGUCUAUUAUAAGAAGCUAUAAAGACCUCAAAUCAUUACAUCACAAACUGAAGAUCGUCGCGUUCCAGCAGCUUACUAUAAGCAAGCUUUAUAGUGAUAAUAACAGAUAUCAUUCGUUGCAACUACCCCAUUUCCCUCAUUAUAAAGAAAUAGUUAAAGAAAGGAAUAUGCUCGAGAGAAAAGCAGAAAAUAAACCAUCUUCUUCAAAUUCAGCCCCUCAAAUAUCGACGGGCAAUGGCAAUAACAAUGGCGGUGACAUAACAUCAUUGGAAACUUUAUCAUCCUCUGAAAUCUCUGAAUUCAAUAUCAACAACGUUAAGAUGAAACAUUUGCAAGAUCUGAUUGACGAACCCGACGAUUUUUCGCAACCUAUUCACCUAAGAUUAGAAAGAUACUUGAGGCUUCUAAAUAUUGCGUUAUGUUUGAGACCUCAUGCCAAUAGAUUAUUUGAAUUUUAUGAACUAUCUCCUCUAGGAAAUUUGUUGAGUCGUGAAAGUGGGUUCAAGGGCAAACAAGGCUACUUAGUCAUUAGGUCUACCGCAAAGGCUCAAGGUUGGAGAGUUUCUCAUUUUGGCAAACACGCGUUCAAAGAUAUGAUUGAUAGACAUACGACGAAAUGGUUCCUGGUUAGAAAUUCCUACCUAACUUAUGUCUCAGAUCUUUCCUCAACAACUCCACUGGAUGUGUUCCUGAUAGAUUGGAAAUUCAAGGUCAGGUUUUCCGGGAAUAAGAAUAAUAUACUAGAUGACGAGAAUGAAAUUAAUUGGAUCAUACACGAUCCACACCUGGAAAUUGAUGACGAAUUGGAGGAACUUGCCAUUGAAAGUCAUCCUAAUGAUAUCGCUGAUAGAAAUAGUCAUUCCAAAAUGCAUCAAAAGAAGUCAAAUAUAUCCUCGAAGUUGCUAUUGUUGACUUUAGAAAACAGUGAAAGAAAGCUGAAAAUCAUUUGCAAGUCAGAGAAUUCAUUGAAGCAAUGGAUGAGUUCAAUCAUCAAAAUGUCUACUUCUACACCUUGGUCGAAACCAAAUAGAUUUGGUAGCUUUGCACCCGUCAGAACAAAUUCAUUUUGUAAAUUUUUGGUGGAUGGUCGUGAUUAUUUUUGGUCAUUAAGUGAAGCUCUUUUAAUGGCAAAGGAUGUCAUAUAUAUUCAUGACUGGUGGCUGUCUCCCGAACUAUAUCUGCGUCGGCCAGUGAAAGGCAACCAGGCCUUCAGAAUUGAUCGUAUGCUGAAAAAUUGUGCCGAAAAGGGCAUCAAAGUUUUUAUUGUGAUUUACAGAAAUGUGGGGAAUAUCGUUGGGACAGACAGUCUUUGGACUAAACAUUCUAUGUUGAAUUUACAUCCAAAUAUACAUAUCAUAAGAUCACCUAACCAGUGGUUGCAGAAUACGUAUUUUUGGGCUCAUCAUGAAAAAUUUGUCGUCAUUGAUGAAACUUUUGCAUUUAUUGGAGGUACUGAUUUAUGUUAUGGUAGAUACGAUACCUUUGAACACGUACUACGGGAUGAUUCAGAAUCCUUACUUGACCAAAAUUAUCCUGGUAAAGAUUAUUCCAAUGCAAGAAUUGCUGAUUUUCAUGAUUUAGACAAACCGUUCGAAUCGAUGUAUGAUAGAAAAGUUAUUCCACGAAUGCCAUGGCACGAUGUUCAAAUGAUGACGUUGGGAGAACCUGCAAGAGAUCUAGCACGUCAUUUUGUUCAGAGGUGGAAUUAUUUAUUGAGAGCUAAGAGGCCUAGUAGAUUAACUCCACUAUUAACCCCCCCUUCAGAUUUGACCGCUGAAGAACUGAAAAGUUUGCCGAUGUUUGAAAUAUUACGCGAACAAUCUACUUGUGAAACUCAAAUACUUAGAAGCGCUGGGAAUUGGUCACUCGGUUUAAAGGAAACCGAAUGUUCCAUUCAAAAUGCUUACUUGAAGUUGAUUGAACAAAGUGAUCAUUUUAUCUAUAUUGAAAAUCAGUUUUUCAUUACGUCGACUGCCUGGAAUGGCACUUGUGUAUUGAAUAAAAUCGGUGAUGCUCUCGUGGACAGAAUUGUUAAAGCUAACCAGCAAAACAAACCCUGGAAAGCUUUCAUUCUUAUUCCACUAAUGCCAGGAUUUGAUUCUCCAGUAGACACUGCGGAAGCCUCAAGUCUUCGUUUAAUCAUGCAAUUUCAGUAUCAAUCAAUUUCGAGAGGUGAGCAUUCUGUCUUUAGUAAAUUGAAGAAGUUGAAUAUCGAUCCAGCUCAGUAUAUUCAGUUUUUUUCAUUGAGGAAAUGGUCUACUUUUGCUCCAAACGAAAGGUUAAUUACUGAGCAACUUUAUGUUCAUGCUAAGAUUAUGAUUGCUGACGAUAGAAGAUGCAUCAUAGGCUCUGCUAAUAUCAACGAAAGGUCACAACUAGGUAAUAGAGAUAGUGAAGUGGCAAUUCUUGUUAGAGAUACCGACUUGGUAAAGACUAGAAUGAAUGGUGACGAGUAUUACGCGGGAAGAUUCCCAUGGGAAUUGAGACAACGUUUAAUGAGAGAACAUUUGGGUUGUGAUGUUGAUCUUGUUGAGUUUGUUGAAAAGAAAUUCAAAAGGUUUGAAAACGUUGCUAUAAAAAAUUACAAGACGCUUCAUACCUUAGGUAAUGGCGGUGAUGAUGGCAAGAAUUUGAGCAAAAAGGAAAUGAUUGAUUCUGCUAUGAUUGAGUUAGGCUAUCGUGAAAUCUUCGGCUGUAAAUAUAGCUCUCAAUGGCGAGAUGUUCAUAGAGGCAAUACGGAUGACAACGGCUGUGAAUAUGGUAUACAUGAAGAGAAAUCAGGAAGAGAGGACGAGAAUAUAUAUAAGAAAUUUUUCAAUCCCGUGGAUCAUGGACAGUCAUCCCGUAAAAGAACCCCAUUACCUAAACAUGGUUUUGCAUCACUGGGGCUAACAUUUAAUCAUAGGGCAGGCAUCGAAAAUAUCGGUAUCAGAGACCAUAAAGUUUUAAGUACAGAUCCAAGAUUAAGAAAGAAUGACGAACACAAGAAAGAAGUCGAUGGCUAUGGACCCGAUGGUUGGAAAAUGGAAUCUAAUGAGAAGUAUAAAGCCGACGCUACUGAACAGUUAAAGGAAUGGGCGUUAAGAUCUUUGACUUCAAAGGUUCUUGAUGACGACAAAUUGAUCAAAUCCAAAAUUACAGAAGGAUUUUCAAAUUACUUGCCUGAUGAAAAAGAUUUGGAGUUGUAUAUCAGGGAUAAAGACGUUACGAAUAGAAACAAAUGGAGUAUGUUAAAAAGAGUCUGCUACUUACAAUACUUGUCUCAUAAACUUAAUGAAAGAAAAUCCCAGAGAUUAAAGAAAAUCAAGAAUAUGAGAAGACAUUUAAGUUCCAGCACAGAGAGCACAAAAAAUGGGUCUACUAAUCCACCAUUGAGCGAAAAGGACAACGAGGAGGAAAGCUCAGAUGCUGGUCGGGAUAACGAAUGUGAUGAAUAUCAUAAACUGCACACAGAUAUUCUGAAAAACCAAGAAUUAGAUGAUAACUCACUAGAUGACCUACUUUCUCAAAUAAUCCCCAAGAUUACUAAUUUUAAUAGUGGCGAAAUAGAUGAUGCGAAAAAAGAAGAGUUGUUAAAACUGAAUUUCAUUGACCCAUAUUCUUUUGAGGACCCUCUAAUUUCUUCAUUUUCGGAAGGGUUGUGGUUUACGAUUGCAUUAAGAAAUACUCUACUUUACAAAUUAGUAUUUCAUUGUCAACCCGAUAAUACUGUGCAAAAUUGGAAAGAAUACGGAGAAUUUACUGAAUUAGAGCAAGAAUUUCAAAUAAACCAGGAGAAAUUGAUUGAUUUAGAAGCAGAAAAUAUCAAUUCUAAAUCUACAAAUGUUGUAGAUAAAGAGAGGGAAAAAGAAAAAAUGAGAAAAGCCGCUGAAUUGAGAAUGAAACUAUCUGGAAGUUUGCUAUAUGGAUUUAAUCAAAAGGUUUUUGAUAAACAUACUGCACAGAGGAUCUUGGAACGAAUCCAUGGCCAUUUGGUCAUUUUCCCCACCGAAUGGCUCGCUAAAGAAGUUGAAAGUAGAAACUGGAUUUUUAAUUCGGAUAGACUCUCUCCGAUGGAGAUCUAUAAUUAA